CUGAAGUCCAUUGCAAUGCAAAAAAAAGUCCAGCUCACGUAACGGAAAAGCCACGAGGUGUCCACAACGCGCCGUUGUUGCGCGUGAAGCAAUAAUUCCAAAGCCCCAGAGGAGCAGAUAAUGUUGGCUGUAGCAGAUUGUCAGUUGGUCACCACUCAUCAACUGUCUCACUGGGUCGUUGGAGGGAAUCGCUUCCCGCCCUCGCAUCGCCGUAAAGCAACGACCAAUGGAACUCACGGCGGCGGCGAUUUGUGCGACGGUGGCGCUUUCCUUUUUCUUUCUGCCUCCCACCGCCGUCGCUUCUGCUGAGAACUCACGGAGCCUCCGGCGAAAGUCGCCCACGUCAGGCCUUUGCGACGGCGUCAUCGGGGCUGCCGGGUUCCCUUGCACCGAACACCCUACUCGAACGGAAGAUGGGUUCGUCUUGGGGCUUCAACGUGUAUCAUCUCCUUCUCGUGUUGUGCUGAAGAGGGGCUCCCCUGUUCUGCUAAUUCAUGGGCUUUUUAUGGCUGGUGAUGCAUGGUUCAUGAAUUCACGAAAUCAGUCAUUGGGUUUUAUCCUUGCCGACCGGGGGUUUGAUGUUUGGGUUGGUAAUGUACGUGGGACUCGUUGGAGUCAUGGUCAUGUAUCCCUAUCAGAGAGAGAGAAGAAAUUCUGGGAUUGGAGCUGGCAAGAGCUCGCUCUUUAUGAUCUGGGAGAAAUGAUUGGUUACGUAUAUUCAGUGACAAGCUCCAAAGUUCUUGUUGUAGGACAUUCACAGGGAACUAUCAUGUCUCUGGCUGCAUUUACUCAAUCAGAUAUCGCUAAAAUGGUUAAAGCUGCUGCCCUUCUGUGUCCUAUAUCAUAUUUAGAACAUGUCACUGCUCCGUUCGUUCUUAGACUAGUCAAAAUGCAUCUUGAUGAGGUGAUUCUUGCUAUGGGCAUUCAUGAACUCAAUUUCAAAAGUGACUUGGGCACUCGCGUUAUGGAUAUGAUGUGUGAUGGACACUUGGAUUGUGAUGACAUGCUUUAUUCUAUCACAGGUAAAAAUUGCUGCUUCAAUAGCUCCCGAAUUGAAUUCUAUCUUGAAUUUGAGCCACAUCCAUCUUCCUCUAAGAACCUCCAUCAUCUGUUCCAAAUGAUACGCAAAGGUACUUUCGCUAUGUAUGACUAUGGAAUGUGGAAAAAUCUGUUUUAUUACAGCCAAACACAGCCUCCGACUUUUGAUCUCAGCUCGAUUCCAAGUUCAUUGCCUAUAUGGAUGGGUUAUGGGGGCAAUGAUGCAUUAGCAGAUGUUCAGGACGUGCAUCAUACGCUUAGGGAGUUGCCAUCGAAACCCAAUCUUCUUUAUCUCGAAAAUUAUGGUCAUAUUGAUUUCCUUUUGAGCGUGAGAUCGAAGGAAGAUGUUUAUGACAAUAUGCUUGCAUUUUUCAGCUCAUUGGAAAGUUCUAGCAGUUAUUAACUGCCUAUAUAUGCAUACACAGCCAAUCUGUGUAUGUUGUAAAAUGCAAAGAUAAAAUAAGAAUAACAGAUGAGAGGCAGAGAGCACUUCUAGGCUCUUAGUGAUGUGUAUAUGUGUGUAGAUGGAUUAGGAGUUGUACACAAUUAUUGCGUGGGCUUUUCUUUUUAUAGCCUUACAGAAACUCUUUAUGUGAUAUAAUUUUAAUUGAAAUA